AUGCCACCCGCGAGCUCGUCCUUCACGCCCCUCAACAUCCAAGACAAUGUCGUACCAGAGUGGCUGGAUGCCUUCACCCUGACCGCGCCCCCAAACACCGAUCUAUGGAGGAAACCACCAUCAGGGGAUAUAUCGACGGCUCCAAUUCUCUACACCGCUCUGCGCAACCCUUUCAUAGUAGCAGAAGUCACAGUUUCAGCAGAUUGGGAGCUCGAAUGGGACCAGGGAGGACUGGUCAUAUUCGCGGGCACACCGCCAGGGCAGAUGCCGGUAGCAACAGCAAACGCGACAACGACACUUGAGGUCCCAAAUGUUGCGAGCAUAUGUUUGAAUGAUAGCGCGGCCCCGAGUUCCGCCAUGUCACUCUCGCAAACCUCCAGUAUUGACGAUGUUGAGAGGUACAACACCACAACUUCACAAAGCCCAGCAGAGGAUUCAGAUACCAGGCCCCAGUUAGAGCGUGGCCCUCCACCACCGUAUGUUGCUCCUGCGCCAGCAUCCAAGUGGGCCAAAGUUGGGCUUGAGUUUUCCAGCAACGCGUGUCAUGCCAGUUGUGUGGUCGCAAAUGGCGUAGGUGCAGACUGGUCAUUGAGCGCACUCCCACCCCAUCAACAACGACGCAUGGACUUGCGAGUCAAGAUUGAGCGCAUCGGCUACGCGCUGUGGGUCUCAUACGAGGAUGAACUGUCAGGCUGGAAGAAGCUGAGAGAGGUCACCUGGUUCUUCUGGGGUGUGGAAGACAAAGCCGUACGCGUUGGCGUUUAUGCGAGCCGACCUGCAAACUUUGGCAUCUCCAUGUGGGACCGGAGACACGCUGGAGGACUGAACAGAGGAGACCGAGAUCUUUGUGUUGAAUUUGAAGGUUUGGAGAUUUUCUAA